AUGCCUGCCAAUCCAAAUUGUUAUGGAAGUUUUGGCCAACCGAGUGUCAAUCAAAAUUUUGUUUAUGUUGGGAAUGUUGAAAAAGAUGAAGAUGGCAGCGUGGAGUUAUCGACCAUCUACGGGCCGUGGACGCUGGAAGAGGACAUCUUUCGGAGGCGUUUGAAAUAUUUCUUCAUGAAUCCCUAUGAAAAGUUCCAGGCGAGAUCUCGAAUUCCCUGGAAGAUGUUCAUCCAGAUCCUCAAAAUUGUUAUCUUCACCUACCAAUUAAUAGAUUUUGGGUCGUUACGUUCCUUGCACAUUGAAUUCAUGGAGACGACCAACCUGGCCCUGAAGCACCUCUAUCUGAAAGAUUGGACGACCUCUUACGAGACCAUGCCCUACCCCCCGUCCAUGGGCAAGAUGGCUUGCUACACCGACCAGGAGUUCUUCCAAUCCGUUGAUUUCAUUCUCAACAGGUACAAUGAAACAGAGUCGAUUGCGAUCGGAAACUUCAGUCCAGCACAAGAAAAUGGCACGACGCCCCCCGUGGAGAUGUGCGUCCACAAGUACAAGGAGGGUGUCAUCUGGGCCUUCAAUCAGACCUUCAUCUUCGACUCGAGGGUCAUCAAAGAUUGCUUCAAAGUGAUGCCCGUGUUUGAUCCGCCGAGCAAUCUUUCAGUUUACAACAUUGAGAAGUUCCUUGAGUCAGUCAAUAGGACCAUUAAUUUUGACAGCUUGAUCCGCAUUACCUUACAUUUCAACUUGAACACAGUUCAUUUGAAAUCGUUACAUCGCUCGUCAGACCCUGACUGCUUCCUGUUGAAUGUUCGAAUCCUCUUUGAUAAUUCGGAGCACAGCGGUCAGAUGCUAUUGUUGCUUGAAACUUAUGUGAAUGAUGUUACCUGCAAGGGGGAUGUUCUCUUUGAUCAAGGAGUCGACAUCUCGGAGGUCUUCUCAUGGAUCUUCAACGGCAUCGUCCUCAUCAUCUGCUUCGUCAGCUCCAUCCUUUGCCUCAGGUCUUUCCAUAGAGCUAUUGUCCUUAAGAAGGACACAGUUAAAUUUUUUGAGACGAACUACCCCUCAGUCAUUGAGGUAACGUGGUCGGACAAGAUGGACUUCGUGGACAUGUGGUACAUCCUCAUCAUCAUCAAUGAUCUUCUGACUGGAGCUGGAUGCAUCUGUAAAAUUUUCAUACAGAUGAAGAUGAACACGAACUACGAGAUAUGUGGCAUCCUGCUGGGCACUGGCAGUUUGUUCGCCUGGUUCGGCGUCCUAAGAUACCUGGCCAUGUUCAAAUCAUUCAAUGUAUUGAUAGUUACAUUGAAGCGAGCAGCUCUAAGUGUCUUCCAGUUCUUCAUCUGUGCCUUCUUCAUCUUCAUCGCAUUCUCAAUAUGUGGCUGGAUUGUACUCGGUCCCUACCACAUCAAGUUCCGAGAACUGACGACCUCUUUGGAGUGUCUGUACAGUUUGAUCAACGGAGACGACAUCUACACCACAUUCGCCACCAUGAACCAGGUGAGCACCGGAGUCUGGUUAUUCAGCAGGUUGUACCUCUACAUGUUCAUCUCCCUCUUCAUCUACGUCGUUCUCAGCAUGUUCAUCACCAUCAUCGCUGACACCUACGAUUCAAUCAAAGUAUAUUCUUAUAGCGAAUCAUUUCAUUUCUAA